GCCAAGUCUAUUUGUAGCACGCCUGCGCCUGCAUCCAACCGCGUAAAUUUGCUUCACGGCAGUCACCGGUGCACACAUACCCCCUGCCGGCAUCAACUUUUGCAAGCGCGCGCGCAUGGCUGCGCAAUAACUCAGCGAUCACAGCCCAGCUGGAUCAUGGCUUUGCACGCGCCGACGCAUGCAGCACCGAUGGCUGCACCCCGCUUGCGGCACCCGUGAUUGCAUGCGCCGCGCGCCUGCGGCAAAAACCGCUGUAUCGAGACACACCACAACAAAAGCGCGCCCCGCCGCGGCCUUCCGAACAAACUCAUAACGUCCCCGCCCCUCCGCAGCCAAUAAAAACAUGAAGGCCGUCAUCCUCGCCCUCGCGCUCUCCUGCGCCGGCGCCUUCGCGCCGGUCAACAAGGCCGCCGUGCGCGCGCCGGUCGAGCUCGAGGCCAAGAAGUCCGUCGCGGACCUCUCCGAGGCGGACCUCAAGGGCAAGAAGGUCCUCAUCCGCUGCGACCUCAACGUCCCCAUCAAGGAGGGCGUCAUCGGCGACGACACGCGCAUCCGCGCGUCCGUCCCGACGGUCAAGUACCUCCUCGACAAGGGCGCCAAGGUCGCGAUGUGCUCGCACCUCGGCCGGCCCAAGGACGGGCCCGAGGACAAGUUCUCGCUCGGCCCCGUGGCCACGCGCAUGGGCGAGCAGCUCGGCAAGGCCGUGAAGAUGGCCCCCGACUGCAUCGGCGACGAGGUCGCCUCGAUCGUCGACGGCAUGGGCGACGGCGAGGCCCUCCUCCUCGAGAACACGCGCUUCUACAAGGAGGAGACCAAGAACGACGCCGCCUUCGUCGAGAAGCUCGCGGCCCCCUUCGACCUCUUCGUCAACGACGCGUUCGGCACGGCCCACCGCGCGCACGCGUCCACCGAGGGCGUCACGAAGUACCUCUCGCCCUCCGUCUCGGGCUACCUCCUCGCGAAGGAGCUCGAGUACCUCGCCGGCGCCGUCGACGAGCCCGUCCGCCCCCUCGCCGCCAUCGUCGGCGGCUCCAAGGUGUCCUCGAAGAUCACGGUCCUCGAGUCGCUCAUCAAGAAGUGCGACAAGGUCAUCGUCGGCGGCGGCAUGACCUUCACCUUCCUCAAGGCCCAGGGCAAGGCCGUCGGCACGUCGCUCGUCGAGGAUGACUUCAUCCAGACGGCCAAGGACGCCAUGAAGCUCGCCGAGGAGAAGGGCUGCGAGCUCAUCUUCCCGAACGAGAUCCUCGUCGCCGACGCCUUCGACGCCAACGCCAACACCCAGGUCGUGUCCUCGGACGCGAUCCCCGACGGCUGGAUGGGCCUCGACAACGGCCCGGCGGCCACGAAGAUGAUCCAGGACAAGCUCGCGGACUGCAAGACCGUCAUCUGGAACGGCCCCAUGGGCGUCUUCGAGAUGGACGCCUUCGCCAAGGGCACCUUCGCCAUCUGCGACACGCUCAAGGAGCUCACGGAGAAGGGCGCCAUCACGAUCAUCGGCGGCGGCGACUCCGUCGCGGCCGUCGAGAAGGCGGGCCUCGCCGACGCCAUGUCGCACAUCUCCACGGGCGGCGGCGCGUCGCUCGAGCUCCUCGAGGGCAAGGUCCUCCCGGGCGUCGCCGCGCUCGACGAGGCCUAAACGCG